AUGGUGGGAGAAGAGGAAUCCGACAAGGACGCUGAUCGGAUUCUGAGCGUACGACGAUUGCGAGGGAUUCGAGGAGCGUUUGUCUGGGAUGAGUUGGGGCCCCGGGCGAUGUACCAUGAUGGAGAGACGACCCUGACUGUGCAUUGCUUUGAGCAGAAUGGGCUUCCAUACAUUUCUUGGGAAGACUUCAAACCCAUCAGAGUGCUGUUGGCGAGAGACUGGAAGAGUAAGGGGAAUGCCCGUGUCAAAAAGAUCGAAGAUGGUGUUCUGCAAAUCCGGGAUUACAUGCCUACAGUGGAAGCAGUGGGAAAGGUUCAGGAGGAGAGUGCAGCAGCCCCAGCGGCAUCGGUAACAGAUGCUGGUGAGAAGAGAGCAGAGGAGCUGUGCUCAAAGUCCACAGUGACCUUUGAUGAGGUUUGGAGCGCGGUUCGGCUGGCUAGCUUAGUUGAAAGGCGAACAGACAGGAUGAAGCAAGUCGACAACGAGGAUGCCAAGACGUUGCCUUUGUGGACUGUCGGAUUGUUUGUUCAUGGAGGGGUGCUGGGAGUGACUUCAGAAACCCGUCGGCAUCCAUGGCUUGUUAGACUUCUCCGCAAGUUAGUGCGGCAGCAGGAACCAGACCUGGAGUUUUUGUCGCUGAGUAUGGCAAUCAACUUGGUGUUCCGGCCUCAUCGGGAUCGCAACUCUUUGGAGCGAGAGUCUGUGGUACUGGGUUUGAGCUGGUUUCAGGGUGGACAACUCUGGAUUGAAGGGCUUCCGGGGGAACUUGGCAACACUGCGAUACGGCACAUUGACAACGGGGGGCAGCAGAAACCUGGAAGGGUGCACGAGCUAUCUCACAAAUGCGUGAGGUUCAAUGCUGCUGUCCGCAUGCAUGGGACAGAACCUUUUCAAGGAGUGCGAGGGGUCGCGGUUGACUACACGCCGCGCGGCAAUGCAAACAACAUCGAGCAAGGCGGCAGCAGGCUAGAAGCAGAAUGCAAGAGCAUCAUUCCCGAGCUUCCCUCAACCGAAAUUGCUCAGGGUCCUUUGGAGGGUGAUGUUGUCCAGGGUGUGACGCAUGUCAUGCAGGGAACCCAGGACUUUGGAGAUUGGGAUCUUCAGGGUGUACGCGCGGCUAGCGUGCAAAGCCCAGAUGAUGAUGAUGAUGAGGAGGGUUUGCAGCUAGAAGGGUUCAUGGCUUGUGAAAUCGCUGCGAAAGAAGUGAUUGACCUGACUGCUCCGACUGUGCGUCCUGGACCCACGUUGAAGGAUUACGAAGCUCGCGGAUUGCGCCGCCCGCAUCGUAAAGUUACUGCUGAUCAGAUUUCCAAGGGAGUCCUCUCGAUCGACCUCGCGGGACCGUAUGUGGCUGCCUAUGAUGGUACGAAGUAUGCGCUGGUAGCUGUGUUUCGGAUUGACGAGCAUACGCAGCUUCACUUCAUGAGGAGACAGAGGGAUGCCACGCUGAAUUGCAGGCCCCAGGGCAAGCUUCCCGAUCCUGGAGACUUGCUUGGCCAGUUCUUGUGCCAGUCGGACACUGUGGUGCAGGGUUCCUUGGUGCUUGUGAACCGUGCUGGCCAAGAGCAUUUGAUCACAACACGUUUGCCAGCUGUGAUUGAUAAGAAGCCUGAACAGUGGAGAACGCAUGUUACGCCUCUGGGUGACUUGAUCUGGGUCAGCUCUCUAGGGCAAGUCCGGGAUGGCGAGGUGGUCCGAGACACUGGGGUAGACCUGGGAAUGCUUACGGUAGAGGAGCGUGAGCAAGGGCAACAUGCAGAGCAAGGGUUUCCGUUCGUGGCAUUCGCUUCGGCUGAAAACCAUUCUGAGGAGGAGCCAACACCUGUGAACCACAUGGCUAAAAAACGGGUGGCGAAGGCGGAUGACAAGGCAGACCGCUACAAGAUCCUGUCGUACGAGGUUGAGCAAGAAAUGAACAAGGCGGAAGUGAAGGUUGCUCAGCUGGUUAUUGACACGAUAGAUGCGAGAGUACUUUCGGAUCCUCAGACGCCGGCGGAUGAGAAGCUGAAGUGGGUGAAUGAGGGACUGAGUUCUGAGCUGCAAACGCUUUACGCAAAGGAGAUUUAUGAGGAAUGGGAUGAGGCGGAUGUGCCGCCGGGCGCAACGGUGCUACCGUCCAAGGUGGUGCUGACUAAGAAGCCUGUUCAAGAUGAUGCUGAAGCGGACAUCAACGAACCCUUGAGUACUUGGAGGGCAAAAGCGCGGAUAGUGGUGUGGAGCGCAACCUGUCUUGCGGGCAAUCCAAGCUGGACGGGACUGGUGUUGGACAUCACGGCGGCGUUUCUGAAUGCGAAGAUGGACAACGAGCACACUUUUGUCAGGCCCCCAAAGGUGCUUUCCCGGGAAGGAUUGGUGGAACCUUCAAAGGUUUGGAGGCUUCGCCGAUUGUUGUACGGAUUGCGCAAAGGGCCAAAGCUUUGGGAGGCUUGCCGGAAUGAAGAGCUGGAUGGAAAGACCUUCGCGGGCGAGGGAGGCGCGAUGUAUUUUCUUGAUCCAAUUUCGUCCGGAGUUUGGGCCAUCAGAAAGAAAGGGGAGCCACAGUCUUUUUGCGGGAUCUUUGACAUGUACGUUGAUGACGGCGUGAUUGUGGGACCCGUGGCCUUGUUGUGCAAAGCUCUGGCGGAGCUUCUUUUGAGCAUUUGGCAGUUGAAGAUCCAAGGUUUUCUGCCAAGUGACGAGUUGGAGAUUGGGGCCAAGGUCCAAGUGGGUGACAAGCAAGUAGCAGUUCGAAAGGAGCUUCAGUUUCUGGGGGUGGUGAUCAAGCGCACUGGAGAAGGUGUGGCAUUGCUUCAGCAUUCCUGGGUAGACACGGAAUUGGAGCGGCGUGGCUGGGCGACGUUCAAAGGAGCUUGUAACCUGCCAGAGAUCGUGGAAGGACAGACGGAGCCGGCACCUCGAGAUGAUGCGUACGGUGCUGAUUUGCAUCGUGCGCAGUCGGAGGUUGGUUCCCUUUUCUGGCUGGGAUUGCGGAGUAGGCCGGAUCUGCUUGCUACAAUUGGGGCACUGUCUUGCAUGGGCACGGUGGGCCCUCGGAGGACGUAUAAGCUUGCCACGAAUGUCUGGAGGUACGUAGCCGGGACUAGGGAUAAGGUGCUUUUCUUCAAGGCUGGGACCAACCUCAACAAGGCCAAGCUUGGGAUAUAUGGUGAUGCAUCUCUGGCUCCGGUGGCAUCGCGAUCAAGAACGGGUGUGGUGGUGAAGUUUGGCGAUCAUGUCACUGCAUGCCGCACCCAGAGGCAAUUCUUGACUGCAUACUCGGCUUUCGAGGCCGAGGUUGAAGCAGCUGCUACGGCAUAUCAGCUCGGGACGCAGGUGAAGCUGUUUCUGGAUAAGUUCCUCCAACGAAGUGUGGAGACGGAGCUGUUCGGGGAUAACUCUGCUUCUGUUGGCAACCUGACCAAGGGAUCGGAGUAUGUGCAGACGACCCGCACGCGCCAUUUUGGCAUGCGCUGCUCGUAUUUGCGGGCUCACCUUCGAAAUGAUGGCAUUCCUAUGCUACACAUGAGUGGGGAGCCGAUUCCUGCCGAUGGUUUGACGAAGACUCUCUCACGAGUCAAGCUGGAAAGCUCAAGGGAGAAACUCAAUGUUUUGUGA